AUGAGACGAUCUAGAGGGGUGUUGCUAUUCUUCAGCAUACUAGUGCUACAUUUGGUGGUUCUAACAUUCAUCAAAGCGUCAUCCGUUAAACACUAUAUUAUAGACAAGGUGCCGUUACCAACAAAGCUAAGGAACUAUAUACUUUCGGCACCACGAUCCACUGCACAUCGCGAGGCUCGAGAUUUUGACCUCGCGUUAAACAAGAUCAUACAGGAAAAACUAAACCCCUCCGAUCCAGAAAAUGUCAGAUUGAGAAAACAAGCAGAGCAAGUGCAAAAAGUGCUAGAUGAAACUCGCUUCGAGGCAGAUACUGAUGCCUUUACUAUAACGAUUCCACCAGCGGAGGAAUUACCAGAGAUACACCAAUACGACCCAAGAUUCACCUUUGGACUAAUACUUCAAUACAUCAACAGAAACCAUGACUGGGAGAACAGCGAGGAGGGAGAGUUGGAGAUACCGCUGUUCCACUGGUCGGAUUAUACCGACAUGACAGUACUCGAUGAGUAUUUUCUCAAAACAAAAAAGACAAGCUGCAAAAAAUUCGACGUGACGAGGCGGAACCCACAGGUCAAUAGGCAGCAUGAUUUAUUCCAGACAUCUACAUACUGCUUGCAAGAUGACCAGUUGGACGCUAUAUUGGCGAAACCCGACAAUCAUGAUGCUUCAUUUGUAUCCCGAGUUCAAGAAUUAAAAGAUAACCAAGCCGAGGGACGCGGUCUAACGACAGGGUUUCACAUAUUUAGCUUUUCGGGCAGACACAAGAAGAGCUUGCGUCCCGUGAUUGCCAAGUCAUACCUCAACGAUUUCAUGAGGUCGCCAUUGUCGAUGACUUUCUUGUUGCCAGGGGACAAGUCCUUCCAAGUAAAUGUUAAUCAAGAAGAACGCACAAAGUUGCAAGACUCGCCCAUUUUCCAAGCAGGGGAUGUUAAUGUCAGGAACGAGAUUGAACAACUUUGCAACAAAUUGGAAUCUGAUUUCACAGUUUUGGACUUUGAAAAAAAAUUGAAUGCCAGCCAAUUCGUAGACCCCACGGAAGCCAUCAUCAAUGAACUUGAGCCGCAGGAAAACUUGAACCAAACCGACAUCAACUAUUACAACUCGCUUCUAGUCUCGGAGGAUGUUGACGAUCCACCCAAAUAUUUCCGAGAGGCCAACCUCAUCAAGAAUGAGCCAAAUUUCGGCGCGGGUGGCCAUUACGAUUGGAGAUUCAUGAACGGCAUUGUUAAUGGAACACCCAAGCUCGGCAUCUCAAUCCAUGGCCUUGUGCGCGCGUUCCUCAAAUUGACAAACCAACACAAUUUGAGCGCGUGGGUUGCUCACGGCUCGCUUUUGGCAUGGUACUGGAACGGCUUGCAGUUCCCUUGGGACGGCGAUGUCGACGUGCAAAUGCCCAUUGAGGACUUGCACCGACUUUCUCGUUUGUUUAACCAAACCAUGGUGGUUGAUUUUGGCAGCUCGUUGGACAAGGAAAUCAGAUACGGCAGGUAUUUCUUGGACCUGUCUACUUUCAUCUCGCAAAGAAGCAAAGGCAACGGCAGAAACAACAUUGAUGCGCGAUUUGUUGACUUGGACACGGGGUUAUAUGUUGACAUCACCGGCUUGGCCUUGAGUGAAAGUACAGCACCUGCAAGAUAUAAUGCACUUCUCAAAGGUACACGCUUGGACCGCGACUCGAAAGACGAAUCUAUUGCUGAGAUUGAUCGCAACACAAUGUUGGAAGUUUACAAUUGCCGAAACAACCAUUUCAGCCGAUUGCAAGAACUAUCUCCGCUCAAGUUGAGCAUCGUUGAGGGCGACUAUGGCUAUAUCCCAUUUGCAUUUGAGAAUAUGCUUGCCACGGAGUAUGGCGAGAAGUCGAUGAGCCAAAUGAGCUAUAGAGGCCACGUGUAUCUCCAGAGAUUGAGGCUAUGGGUGCUCCGAGGCUCCAUUGUCCAUUUCGUGCUCAAGGGCAACAAGGAAGCCAUUGCUAACGCUGAGGAGAAAAAGCUUCCAGUAGCAGUUGACAUGUCAGAUCAAGAGUACACAAGGUUUCUCCUUCAAAGACCAGGCACGUUCAAAGACUACCUUUUAACCCACGAUGCCACCGAGUUCCACCAGGAGGAACUUUACCGCUUGUUCCAGAAUAAGCCGCAAAGACCGUUAUUUUUCAACGAGGAUGGCUCAAUGGACCACAGCAGGAGGCGGGCUUUGAAGCGUGGCUUUUUCGAUUUCGUCACCAAGGAGCAAAACUAUGAGUACGAUGUUGAGCUUGAAUGGUAUGAGAGUGAAUUGGAGAAAUACGAUAAGCAAGUGGCACUGAUUAAAGAAGCGAUGGCCAUGAAGGAGAAUUCGUCGCAGGAGAUUGAAAGUACUGAGAAUCUAGCUGAGAAUGCAGCUGAGAAUUCAAAACCAAAGGAUGAUGGUAGUCGGAGCCAAAAGGACAAGCCAGAUGCCGGCCCGCCCAAGAAGGCAGAUGCCAACUCGCCCAAAAACCAGAAGCCAAAUAUAGUCGCCAAAUCGAUACCCCUGGAAGUUCCUCCGCCGCGAACCUAG